GCAGAGCAGCAGACGAAAACGCGGCGCGGCGGUAUAAAUAGCCUCCGCGCCCUCCUCCACAAAUCCACCCGAGCUUGAUUGAUUAGAGCCCCGUACACCUGCUCCCGUCGAAUCGGAGCUUACAGAGCUGCGAGAGAGACCCGUUAAGCAGCAGCAGCAGCAGCAGCAAUGGCGGCCGUGCUGAGGAGAGCGGUGGCGCAGCCCUGCGCGGCGUCGUCGUUGCCAGUGUACGGGCUCCGGCGGUUCCUGCAGGAGCAGCCGGCGUUCCGGCCCGCGGUGCCGCCCGACCGCUUCAUGCCCCUGGCCGACCGGAUCCGAGACCUCGGGGUCGGGUUCGCGUACCCGCGGAUCAACCUCGACGGCCUCGUGCCGCCCGACCGCUUCAUGCCCCUUGCCGACCGGAUCCGGAACCUCGGCGUCGGGUUCGCGUUCCCGCGGAUCAACCUCGACGGCCUCGUGCCGCCCGCAUCACCGCCGGCGACGGCUGCGCCGGCACCGGCGGCGAGCCUGACGGUGGAGGAGGCGCGGAAGGUGCUGCGCGCCACGCAGAUGGAGGCGGCGCGCGCGCGGCUGCGGGCGUCCGGCGCCGCCGCCGUGCCGUACGCUGAGUACCUGCGCCUCUGCUGCGACGCCGCUGGGGCGGACGUGGGACCCUCCGUCGCGCGCGCGCUCGACGAGUCCGGAUCCGUCAUCGUGCUCGGCAAGACCGUCUUCCUCAGGCCCGAGAUGGUCGUCAAGGCAAUCGAGAAGGCUAUACCCGUCCAGCAAACGGUACCCGUCGCCGAGAACGACCCGGCAAGGGAAGAGCUGAAGGCCAUGGAGGCACAGAAGGUGGACAUCGACCGCGCCGCUGCCUCCCAGGUGCGCCGGGAGCUGUGGUGCGGGCUGGCGUACCUGGUGGUCCAGACGGCCGGCUUCAUGAGGCUCACGUUCUGGGAGCUGUCGUGGGACGUGAUGGAACCCAUCUGCUUCUACGUGACGUCCAUGUACUUCAUGGCCGGCUACGCCUUCUUCCUCCGGACCAAGAAGGAGCCGUCGUUCGAGGGCUUCUUCGAGAGCCGGUUCGCUGCCAAGCAGAAGCGCCUGAUGCAGGCCCGGGAUUUUGACCUCCGCCGGUACGACGAGCUCCGGCGAGCCUGCGGUCUACUGCCGGCGCUCCGGGCCCAGAGCCCCUGCGCGACAUCGCCGUCGCAGGAGAGCGGCUUUUGCCGUUCUUACUGCCAUUGUCAUUGAUCUGUUCGUUUCAUUUUUUUCAUGCCCAUUUUGUGGGGAUGAUUCAUGUACCGUUCUGAUGCGCGGAUGCAAAGCAUACUCAUUGAAGAGAUGACGAGCCGGAUUUAAUCCUGGAGCUAAGAUCUGUUCUGA